AUGAAAAUAAUCUAUAGUGCCCCACAACAAUACACCCAGGCUCCUUCGACAUCAUCUUCCACACCAUUUUCCAUGCCCCAUUUUUGCAGCAGUAGCGGGAGCGGUGAGAGCGAGGACCAGGGAGCUGUCGAAAAGCCAGCUGUGAUUUCUUCCACAUUGUCAGAAUAUAAAAGUGGAUACGUUAUUACUGAACGUUUUUCCUUUGUCUUCCUCCAGGCUUCAUGGUGUGUGUUACCUUCUCGCAUUCUCCUCGUACUGGCAUCACAGAAAGGCAUUCAGAUGUAUGAAUCAGAUGGCUCCAUCAUGGUGUACUGGCACGCAGUGGAUACUCCAGAAACGCCAACAGCAGAGGCUGUGUUUGCACGAGGAAUCGCAGCUACAAAGAGCAACUAUAUCUGUGUGGGCAUCUCAAUGGGAUCAAUCCUAGUCUUCAAUGUUCCCCCAAAAGGAACGAACAUCACUGUGUCUGAAGUACUUGAACAGCACAGGGACCCCAUCACUGACAUCGCAUGUGAUUGCUCUGAAAAUAAGGAGUGUGUUGCAGAUCUAGUGACAGCUGAUGACUCUGGGGUCUUGUGUAUCUGGAAAUCGGGGAAAGAUUUUAAAUUAAUGCACAAGAUUGCAGCUUAUGGAGGGCCUUGCUCAUCUGUGAAGAUGUGGAGCGGGAUCAUUGCAGCUGGAUAUGGGAGUGGCCAGAUCCUGAUUUAUGAUGCAGCAACUGGUACAGUGCAUGUGGAGGUGAAUGGUCAUGCGCGCUGGAUCUGUGCUCUUGACAUGGCAUCUGAAAGUGGCAAGCUGCUGUCAGGAGCAGAGGAUUCUUUUCUCAGGAUUUGGAGAAUCUAUCGGAACUCUGAGUCUAACACCAUUGAGGUGGAGCAUGAGCACACAGAAUGCGUAACUGACAUUCAGAUAUGUGGAGCCAAGUUCUGUGAUCCUGAGGGAAACGCCUUUGCAGUGACAGGAUAUGACCUGAGUGAGAUUAUUCGUUAUGUCCGGGUCUAAGUCUGAAGGAUGUGAUCGUGCGAAAGACCAGGUGCUGGAGACAAUGUCAGGAAAGCACAGGCUUUCAGAAUGUGGGCAAUUUAACAGGGGCUAUCCAUCACAGAAUGUCAUGUGAUUAACCUCUCAUAUCUGCCUCUCCAAAGACAUGCAGGUUAGGUGGAUUAGCCAUGCUAAAUUGCUCCGUAGUAUCCAGGGAUGUGCAGGCUAGGUGGAUCAGCCAUGGGAAAUGU